ACUCGUCCAGGAACAUUUUCGCUAGGCAUCUUUGGUAGAUCGCUAAGUUAGCAUACGAGAACACAGUGUUUGGGAAAUCGUCUGGAAGUCUUGGAUGUAAUUGCACGUUAUGUUAGUUUAAAUGAUAUCGCUAUUUCAGCUAUGACCGAAAUAUUUUCCACAUUGUUUGGCCAAAGUGAAACUCAAGUACCUCCGGGCUCAUCGGCAAUAGGUUUUGGUCCAGGGAAACCACCGCCACCCCUUCCGCAAAACCAAGUGUCAAUGCCGGCUCAGAUACCACCACAGCACGGGGAUGAAGGGCCUGCUCUGCGGAAACCUGGUGUCAUGAAUGAACCCUUUUAUUUGCUUCGGGAACUGCCAGUCGGCAACGAUCUAACGGGAAACACAAAUCUUAUCACACAUUAUAACCUGGAACAUGCAUACAACAAAUUCUGUGGAAAGAAAGUCAGAAAACUCAGCAACUUUCUACCGGAGCUUCCAGGUAUGAUAGACGUCCCUGGGGUGCAGGAUGGAAGCUCCCUAAGGUCUCUCAUAGAGAAGCCACCAGUGUGUGGCAACUCCUUUAGUCCGCUGACUGGAAAUCUACUAACUGGCUUCCGACUUCACACUGGACCGCUUCCUGAACAGUACAGGCUGAUGCAUAUUCAACCGCCAAAGAAGAAAAGCAAGCACAAGCACAGACACCAUCGACCACAGGACCCUAUUCCACCAGAGACACCGUCAGAUUCUGAUCCCAAGAAGAAGAAGAAAAAGAGGGAUGAUGAUCCUGACCGCAAGAAGAAAAAGAAGGACAAGAAAAAGAAGAAGAAUCGCCACAGUCCCGAUCACCCGGGCAUGACCAGCUCCCAGCCUGGCAGCAACAGUCUGAGAUAGGCGGAGGAGCCCGCCGGAGCCCAGUGUGUGUGUUUGUGAGGAUGUGUGUGUGUUAUAUAAGACUGGUUUGUGACACGGAUGAAGAGAAUCACUAGAGAUCCUUGUACAGAUCACUGUAUUUACAGUCAACUCAAUUUAAUAAACUUUUGAUAAAA